AUGGCUCGUGGCGUAGAGAUGGAAGACGUGGAUCUAGCGAGAAGCAAUUGGAGGAGCAACUGGACCAGUCUUGUGCAUGAAAGACACGUGCUUACUCAGCAACUUUGGUGCACAUAUGCGCUUCAUAUCGCAACGUUUACUUCGCUUGCCUUUGUCGUCGAUCCCCUUCUGCUCUUCUCGUGCUGGUGGGCGACGGAGAACUGGGAGCUCAAGAACCGCUAUAUCCUACUCGCUGCAGAAAUAUUCAUGUUUUGCUUCACGAAGGUGGUAAAACUGGUUGGGUUGUUUCGCAGGAAUCCGAGUGAUAUCAUGUUCCUGCCCGUGUCUAUUCUGUUCGGCUGGUUCCACGGAUUUAUCAAGCUGUAUGCGUUGUUCACGCUCAAGCAGACAUCGUGGGGCAGUCGUGAGGAUGGCGACGAGCACAACCAGUUCCGCCUCCAGGAGAAGCCCAUCCGCAGUCAAGCGAUGGCCAUGCCGGUCGGACCAGACCUUGUUGAGUCCGUACGGCACACAUCUACCUCACAGGCCCGUCGGGCAUCCUCGCUGGCGCAGAAGCACAAGUUCAGCGGGUUUGAAAAAGAUGCAGGGCAUCUGAUCGGAUGA